AAAUCAUUGAAAGAAGUAGCCGAGUUCAUACAAUCGAAAAAAUGUCAAUCCAUCGUGGUGCUGGCGGGCGCCGGUAUGUCCGUGUCGGCGGGGAUUCCUGAUUUUCGCAGUGCGGACGGUCUAUACGCAACCUUGGAUCCCAACCAAUUGACCGCAACGCCCUUGGAACGAGAGGCCAUGCGGCGUGAUCCCACUGUGGCAUUGGAUCAAACAUUGUUUCUGCAAAAUCCGCUACCCAUGUUAGAAUUGCAGAGGGAAUUUAUUUUAGGUACUCAUGACCGACGUUGGAAAGCGACAUUAGCACAUCGCUUCGUGGAACUCUUACACGCCAAAACUGGCAAACUCGUACGCCUGUAUACGCAAAAUAUUGACGGUCUGGAAGACCAGUGUGCGUUGUUGCCACGAGACAAGGUCAUUGCUGUACAUGGCUCUAUGGACCGCGCUGAGUGUGCUCGUUGUCACACGGAAGCUGAUUUCGAUGAGUUCUGUGAUUGUAUUAAACGCCAAAUAAAGGAUUUAUCAGGCCAAGACGCAAGUGCGCCCAAACAAUCGACGGCUAUCGAUUGCAACAUAUGUGGCUAUGCUGCAAUGAAACCAUCUAUCGUUCUCUUUAAAUCAAGUCUCCCCCGGAUCUUCUUUGAGAAUCUACCUAAGGAUGUAGAAAGUGCAGACAUAUUGAUCAUUAUGGGUACAUCUUUACGAGUGGCACCGGCGAAUAGUUUAGUCUGGCGCGUUCCACGAUCGUCGUUGCGAUUACUUGUCAAUCGCGAGCCCGCUGGAAAUCACCUAGGAAUGAGCUUUGAUGAAGAUGCCACUCGUGAUUACUUUGCCGAAGGAGAUUGUGACGACAUGCUACUAGAAUUAAUGGAGCAUCUCGGCUGGGUCAACGAGUUGAAGCCGCUUCUAGAG